AAAACCCUAAUCCUAUUUGUUUCACUCGCCCUCAUUUCUCUGCGGAGAGAGAGAGGGAGCUGAUUAUCAUGGCAGCCCCAAUUGAGUCUGUGCAGUGCUUCGGGCGCAAGAAGACUGCCGUGGCCGUGACCUACUGCAAGCGCGGGCGUGGUCUGAUCAAGAUCAAUGGCCGCCCCAUCGAACUGGUGGAGCCGGAGAUCCUCCGCUACAAGGCGUACGAGCCCAUCCUCCUCCUGGGUCGCCACCGCUUCGCCGGCGUCGACAUGAGGAUCAGAGUCAAAGGCGGUGGUCACACCUCCCAGAUCUACGCCAUCCGUCAGUCCAUUGCCAAAGCCCUCGUCGCCUACUACCAGAAGUACGUCGACGAGCAGACCAAGAAGGAGAUCAAGGACAUCCUCGUCCGCUACGACCGCACCCUCCUGGUGGCGGACCCCAGACGCUGCGAGCCCAAGAAGUUCGGUGGACGUGGUGCUCGUGCCAGGUUCCAGAAGUCGUACCGUUAAGGGGCUCAUGAGGUUCGGAGAGAGAAUCACUUCAAAUUCAAAUGUUUUGGUUUUAAGCUUCUCAUUUAAGCUUCUCUAUAUAUCACUGUUUGAUUGAGUAAUUGACUGUUCAGGAAUUUAAAUUUUGCAGAAAAUUUUGAUUUAA